GGAGGGUAACACUGAGAGGAGGUCAUGGGCGUUAACUGUCAGUGUGAGGAGGAAGUCAGCCAGGCAAGAGGUAGUAGCAAAGCCAGGAGUUCAGACAGCGUGAGGGCAAGCAGAAAGAACUGGACCUGAAGGACAACAUGACUUCCACAUGGACUAGCCGGAAGAAUUCUCUCCAUUUUUUGCUGAUCUGUGCAGCCAUGAUGAUAUCAGUGAAAGACAGUUCCAGUCAAACAGAAAAUUCAACUUCCACAACUACAGUCACUGUUGUGGGUUUAACACCUUCACCGACUACUACUAAUGCUAUUAGAGAAGCCGAAACAGCAAGAGAAGUGACAGAUCAUGCUGAAACUGCUGUUAAAGACACAACGACAAACAAAGGAAUAUACCUUGCAAAAGCUAAGACUAUUGUAACAAGUACAAAAUCUUUAGUGACAAGUGUGAAAUCUUCUACAGCUGAACAUACAACUACUAGUGGAACCAAAACAACACUAAAAGCAGAUGCAAAGUUUGAAUUUGAUCACGAUUACAAGACUUUGAGACGCAAUGGCCUGAUCGCGGCUGCCAUUUUUUUCCUGGUUGGAAUCCUCAUCAUCCCAUGUGCAAGAGUAAAGAGAAGCAGGCCAAAGUUUUCUAUAGGCAGAAAACGGAGUUACACCUUAACUCAACCGUAAAAAAAAAACAAAACUUCAUGUGUUUUCAACAAAGUAAAAAGAUAUAGAAGAAAUCAUUUCCUUCCUUUUUUUGCAUUUGAAUUUAAGGGAUUUUAAAUGUCCACAAAAAAAUCUACAGAAUUUCAGUUGAAAGCAAAGCCACAGUUUUGUAAGCAUUGCCAGGCUCAUUCCUACAAAAAUGAAGCGGCACUGAAGUGAGCCGGUGUCAUUAGUUCUGGCCUGAGACCUGCUGAUUCUGGGACACCACAUCCUCUUGCUGCGCUCUCUUGUGCUUUCACAUGCAUGAUGUCACCUUCCUGUGGGGAUCUGCUUCAAGCCAUUUACAGCAUUUCUGCAUCCACUUGUUUUUUUUUUGUUUUGGUUAACUGAUGAAAUAAACACACUGGAUUACAAAUAGAACUUUUUUUAUAAGAAAAAAAAAUUGAUGACAAAGAUAUCUGGCACUUCUUAAUUCAGCAGCAAUUCAUGCAUCCUGUCUGUUGUGAUUCUUCAAGCUGACGUUUUUCUACUGUAAAGUUUAUUUUAAUUAAAUACUGAAUUAAUUUAAUUAUUUUUGGAACAAGCUCAUGUUUUUCAAAUUGAGAAAUAAAGCAAAACCCUUCAAACUGACAGUAGCCUGUUGCCAGAACUUAGCAUUUCAUACUUGUACCUCUACAUUCUUAAGAAUAAAAGUUCUAAAAUAGCC